CCUAUUUUGGUCAUUACGCACCCUCCUCCCCCAAAUCGCUUCGAUCGCGAUCCCGAUUCCUCUUCGAUCCCUCUUCUUCCUCAUCUCCGAUUCCCCGCCGCGUUCGAUCCCCUCCUCCUCCGCGGCUCCCGCGAUACCCUCCCCUCCCCUCCCCCUCUCUCGUCGCUCCGAUCCUAGGGUUAGGGUUUCGGGGGACUUCUUCUUGCGUCGGCGGCGGCGCCCUCCGUUGGCCCCCCGACCUGUGGAUCUGCCUCGAAGAUCGGGUUUUUCGGUGCGAUCUUUUGGGGGCUUGUUGAUUCUUGAGGCUUGCGAACCCGAAUCGAGGUCGCGGCGAGCCGGUGGAGCUGGUUCUUCAGGGCGUGAUUUGAGGUCAAGUAUGGUGUUUGUGCACGGCAAACAACCUCUAACGGAUGAUCAGUUUGACCAUCUUGCUGAUCAGAACCUGAGUGGGUUGGAGGAGCACUAUCAAAUUGCACCAUUCUCUGACAUUUCUUCAUCUAAAGGUGGCGCUGGUGAGCAUUUCAAGUUGGAGCAUAGCAAGCGGCCUCUUUGCGAUGGCAAGCCUUCCCAAGUUGCUCUUAAACGCCCAAAGCAACUGGACCAGAAUAGAAUGUUAUAUUCAUUUGAAGAAUUUACAUUUACUUCAGGCGCCUUUGAGGGGCUACCUGCCUCAGUUCUAGUGGACAAAUAUUUUGGCAGCAGAGACAAUAAUUAUUUUCCUAGCUUUGAUCCACCUGUUCGGGCACCUCUCUUUCCUUACUAUUUCGAGGAUUGCCAACGAGCAGUUGGAUUUAAUCAAGUAGAUGAGAUUCAUUCACCUGUUCUCGAAAUUCAUCCUCGAAAACCUGUUGCCAUUGGGCCCAAUCAUCAGGCCGAUCUUCCAGAUUGGAAGCCAAGAGGUUUUAGGAAUGGCUCUGGGGAUUCUUUUCAUUGUGAUGCGUCUUCACUUAAUUCGGAGACAUGUUUAGCUUCUGUUUGUCAUCCUGCGGAUGAUGAAAAUGAGGAUAGUGAGAAGUGGAUUAGAACUUGUGUCAUUCCAAUGCCUUGUGCAGAUGGCUUAGCUUCAGAAAUCAGAACUACAAAUAGUAAUAUACGUUGUAGCUGCACUGAACCUGGGUCCAUCCAAUGCGCAAAACAGCAUGUGAUGGAGGUCAGAGAGAAUCUCAAGGCAGCCUUGGGGCCAGACAGAUUCGAAGCAUUAGGGUUUUGUGAGAUGGGAGAGGAUGUAGCUUUGAAAUGGACGGAAGAGGAGGAGAGACUUUUCCAGGAAGUCGUCCUAUCCAACCCUGCUUCCUUGGGCAAGAACUUUUGGGAUGAGCUCCCGCAUGUAUUCUCCUCGAAAAGCAGCAAAGAGUUGGUCAGUUACUAUUUUAACGUCUUCAUGCUACGAAAGAGGGCUGAGCAAAACAGGUCGGAUCCCAUGAAUGUGGACAGCGACAAUGAUGAAUGGCAAGAGAGCGAUGAUGGUGAGUUUGAAGAGGACGAAACAGAAGAAGAUUCUGCUGUGGACUCUUUGACUGACAGGGAGGACUUAGGUUAUAAUCAUAAAGCUUGUGUGGGGGGAGAUAUUCAUGAAGAAUCUGAUGAGGGAGAUGACUGUGAUGGUGAAGAAAAUGAAGGGGUCACCGGAAAAAAUCUGCGAGGCCGUUCAGAUGAUCUGGGUGUCCAGGAUGAAUCGUGCACAUCAUUUGAGGGCCAGAAUAACGGGGCUGACUCUGCUAGUCAGGCUGACGAGAUGCAACAUUUUAGCAUCGAAGAAAACGGGAACCACCAGAGGGAACAUAGAAAUGAUUGGUUGAGUGGUAUUGCAGAUAAUGUGUUCUUCGAUGGCCAUUGUGACCCAAAAAUGUGGGAAAUGAACUUUAGUCAUGAAAGAAGAGAAGAUUUUUUGUCGACCUGUAACGUGGUUGAAGAAGUGAUUGGUAUAGAUGCUUACGAGAAUAAUGCUAUCAGUCGUCAUAGCAUCAGCUAGUUUUCUGCUGGGCCUCUGAUUCGGCUUUUCUCAUUGCAUCAAAUCCUUUCAAGAUUCUAUAGUUUGUCGCGGUUGUGAAUCAAUGUUCUUGAUUCUCAAUGUACAUUCAUGAAGGAAAUCAGCGGGUCUGGGUCUCUUGUAGAGUAGUUUAAAUACAAUAUUUAGUCCUGAAGAUUUGCUCUUUAGGACUGCAUGAAGGUGUCCUUAAAUUAUUUUAUAGAGCAAUCCCUUCUUUCCCAACGAGAGAAUCUUUGUACAAGGGGGUUUACGUUGUUCAGAACCUUCAAUUUAUUAAUUUACAUUUAUAUAUCUUUGUUUACCAUGAUUUAUUAUAGGAAAUUGCUCUUCCAUGUUGUCACUUUUUUGUCAUUUGUGUCGGCAGUCAAAUAAAAUUUCCUAUUUAUGAGA